UUGCAAUUUUUAAAAAAUGAUCAAGGAAAAUUCAUCUGGAAAGAAUGUUCCUGAAAGGAUAGUAGCUUCUUUACUGAGUACCUGUGAACUAUGUUUAAGGUCAAAGGAGAGCAGCUGUGAAAACACAUUUGAUGAAAUGUAGAUAGGUACCAAAAUGCAGAUUCAAGUGGUUGAUGGACAGGCAGGUCAAAGCACUGGUCUGGCCUCUGAACACAUGAUUCCUCGAAAUAAACACAGGAUUAAAAAAACUAAAAGCAAAUGUAAAAUAAAGGUGUUAUAUUCUCAUGUUAUGGCAUAAACAGGGCUAUUCUUGAUUCUCCAACAUUCUUGAUCUAACAAUUACUGUCAGUGUGGCUUUUUCAUUGACUUUUUUUUCCAAAGUAAUUUACUCUUGUGAACAUCAAACUAGCCAUCAGACAGAAGCAAAUCAGCUAUGUAAAAGGAAAAAUCUCUCUUCUUUCUGUGCAGCACAUAACUUUAUGGGACCAGCGUGUAAAUCUACUGUCAAUUCUCCAUUAUCUAGGGUAAAUAAGUGAAAGCAAGAAUGUAGUUACUAUAUGACACGUUAAGGAACAUGGUGGAAAAACAUUCAAAUACAGAAACUCAGCUACAGUGCAGCAGAGCUAAUAAUUCUAGGGUAGCCUGGUAUUGACAGCAUGAGGCUGUUUAUUGUGGAGGCUGGUCUGGGACAUCCCUGCCCUGUAGUUCCUUCCAUUUCCAGGCAGUGGGCAGCUUGGCCCAAAUUGAUCCACUUGUUGGCUUUAGUAUUUUGGAGCCUGAUAAAUUGCCUCGAGCCAGAUUCAGCCUGUGUAAUCUCUGUUGGGAACCAUUGUCAAGACAAAUGCUUUUGGGGAAAAGCUCACUGUCUACAGAUUAUUCUGUGGAAGAUCCUGCAGGAUCAUUGCAGUAUGAAAUUCCUUGGAAUGUCACAUGGAUAUCUGCAGAAAUCAGCUGGCAGGGAUUAAAUAGCAGGAAUAGCCUGCCAACACCACAGCUGAGACGAACUUCAGGAGUUUCUGGCAUUCCACCUAUAGAAUCAACAUCUAGAUGGGAACGGAGUAACAGCAAGAGAUCUCAUCAGGAAUAUAACACAUCAAGCCAAGGAUCUCAUUCAAAUGGGUCUUUUGGUGCAAACUUGCUGACAAUACCAAAACAAAGAUCAUCUUCUAUGACAUUGACUCAUCAUAUAGGUCCCAGACGAGCAGGUGCUUCUCCUGGCCUGAGUCCUGUGGGUUCACCUAGUCAUGGAUCUGUCUCCAGUGGGGCUUUCAGCAGCUGGUCACCUGUAGAAUUUCCUGAUACUGCUGAUUUUCUUACAAAACCAAGCAUUAAUAUACAUAAGCCUCCAGGAUACACAUUUAGUUCUCCAGAUAUUCAGCAACAAGCUAGAACACCUGUAGGUUAUAUGUGUAGCAGCUGUGGACGUCAGAUACCCAAGCCUGUUCCAACAGCAGAACCAGAAUUUGCAGAAUAUAAAGACAGAAAAUCAGGUGAAAUUGGAAGUGCUAGUGUUUCAAAAGAAUCUUUCAACCAUACAGAGAAGAAGAAAGAUGAAAGGAAGGAAACAAUUGAUCAAACACAAAAUAAUCUGCUUGUAGAGCAGAGUCCUACAUUAGAAACAAUGUUUUUAGACCAUGAUUCGCUAAUGGAGAAGAUGAACAAUUGGAAUUUCCAAAUUUUUGACCUUGUACAAGAAAUGGGAGACCAGUCUGGAAGGAUCCUUAGCCAGGUAACUUAUACCUUGUUUCAAGACACUGGUUUGUUUGAAAUUUUCAAAAUCCCAACUCAAGAAUUCAUUAAUUACUUCUGUGCACUAGAAAAUGGCUACCGAGACAUUCCCUAUCACAAUCGUAUACAUGCCACAGAUGUUCUUCAUGCAGUAUGGUAUCUGACAACACGGCCCAUUCCUGGAUUUCAGCAAAUUCAUAAUGAGCAUAUAAUGGAAAGUGAUAUGGAUGAAGCCAGUGGUAUUGCCCCUGUUCAAGUCAGCUAUAUUUCUUCAAAAAGUUGUUCUAUUGCUGAUGACAGCAAUGGUUGUCUGGCAUCAAACAUUCCUCCUUUGGAAUUGAUGGCUCUAUAUGUAGCAGCUGCCAUGCAUGAUUAUGAUCAUCCUGGUCGUACAAAUGCUUUUCUAGUGGCUACAAAUGCACCUCAGGCUGUUCUCUACAAUGACAGAUCAGUCUUAGAAAAUCACCAUGCUGCUGCUGCCUGGAAUCUUUUCUUAUCAAGACCAGAAUACAACUUUUUAUCAAAUCUUGAUCAUGUAGAAUUCAAGCGUUUUCGUUUCUUAGUGAUUGAAGCAAUCCUUGCCACAGAUCUCAAGAAGCAUUUUGAUUUCCUUGCAGAAUUUAAUGCCAAGGUCAAUGAUAUCAACAGUCAUGGUAUAGAAUGGAGCAAUGAAAAUGAUCGCCUACUGGCCUGUCAAAUAUGCAUCAAACUGGCAGAUAUUAAUGGCCCAGCAAAAGUUAGAGAGCUGCAUCUGAAAUGGACAGAAGGCAUUGUUAAUGAAUUUUAUGAACAGGGUGAUGAAGAAGCAAGUCUUGGAUUACCUAUAAGCCCCUUCAUGGAUCGUUCUUCUCCACAACUUGCAAAACUGCAAGAAUCAUUCAUCACUCACAUAGUUGGCCCCCUUUGUAAUUCCUAUAAUGCAGCUGGGUUGCUUCCAGGGCAGUGGGUUGAUGAAGAGGAGGAGGAUGCAGAAAGUACUGAAGAUGAUGAUGGAGCGCAGUUAGAGAGUGAUGAUGAAGAAAUGGAAGAUGAUCUUAUUUUAAAAGCUCAAAGAAAAAAAGGUAGACGAAUAUUUUGCCAGCUAAUACACCAUCUCAGUGAAAAUCACAAAAUAUGGAAGAAAGUGAUUGAAGAAGAAGAAAAAAAUAAAGGUGAAGGAGCUAAACUGCUGACUGAGAUCUCAUCUUUACCUCAAGCAGAUGAAAUUCAGGUUAUUGAGGAAGCUGAUGAAGAAGACGAGCGACAACUAGGAGAAGACAAGACAUGCUAAGAAAACUUCAGUGGUGUCCAGUAUGAUGAUAGCCUAUUAUUUUUUCACUGUGCUGACUUUAGCUGGACACAGUUCACCUAAAAUUGAAAGGCCUUAAUACUGUGAGAGGAUUCUUUCUACUCUAGUGGAAUCCCACUCCUAUGCACUUUCGCCACACAGAAUAUGAAACUUUAUUCAAAGAUUGAAUAUUGUAUACCCUGAUGCAAAGUUCUUUAUGCCUUAGUUGGUAUAAAAUAUCCUGAUAUAAUGCUGCCUUGCUGAAUAUGGAACUCUUAUUUUCCCUGAGGUACCUGCAAUUUUUAAAAACAUUCAGUGACUUCAGUUACCAAAGUGGCAAGAACUUUUUGCUAAUAAGGAAAUGUGGGAUGAAUCCUAACAUUGUCUUGAGUUGUUUAUUUCAUGUUGGGUUUGAACAUGAAUAAGAAAAAGUCUGUGCCUACAUGAAAACUAUGUUACCGUUGCAGUGCAAGCCUGUUGUGGGGUGUCUACUUAGUGCAGUAGUGUGCUUAAUGUAGUCAUCUCAGAGCAACUGUUCAAAGACUGUGACAUAAAUGCUGAAUUCUGAUAUUUGUGGUUUAAAAAAGAAAAAAAAUCCAGGUGCAUCUAUUUCUGAUGCUUUUUAUUAUUGUGCAUAAUCUGAUGUUUUAUUUUUGCAGAAAAUAUUCACGUUUGCAGUGAGUGUUCAUGAUAAUUCAUUGAAUACAAGGCCAUUAUUAUCUGUUGCCUUGCUGUUUUGUGGUAGAACAUUAAAAACCUGUUCAGCUACUUAAAUUAUUAAUGAACUUUAUUCUUUUAGUCAUAGUGCUAUAUUUCUUGCCCUUACUCAGGUUCCUGUUUAAAAACAAGUCAACCACAUCAUAGAUUUUUAUCUUGCACCGAUUUCUGGUAUUAAAUUUUAAGGAAAUAAGAUCAUAUUUCAUUUAUUCUUUGUAUGUAAAACUUUAGGAGAAUUAAAGUUGGGUUUUUUGGUAAAAAAGACACAAACUACUCUUUCAAAAUGGCUAGUGUAUUUUAAUGUGCACCACAUCUUUUCUCCCAUCACAGACAUAGCUUACAUUGCUUUCAAGUUUGAUGUACAUCCUGAAAUAUACAUAUGGAAAGCAGAACAUGAAAACUUCAUGUAAAGCCUAAUAGUAAGAUAAACAUCACUGUACUAUAUUACAUUUUAGAUUCUUGAGUUUUUAAAUAAGAAAUUUAGACAUACCACACAAAUGUAUUUUUAGGAACACUGCCAUUGUAGGUCUAACUUAAAAAAAAAAAAGAAGCAUAAAUUAGGCUACAAGUAUGUAAGCAAGCCACAAAUAAAGCUAGUUUUAAAAGUGCACCUUUUAGUACUAAAUAUUUAUAUGCUGUGCAGUUGAAUUGAACAAAAGUAAAUGCACGUGUGUGCAAGUUGCUAAAUGUACCUUAGCAUAUUUGUGUUUACAUUUACAUCAGCUGACUUGAAAAAAAGGUAACAUUCCUAAGAUAACCUUGUGUAAAUUGUAUUGCACUAUUUUACACAAACAAAUUUUUAUUCUGCUCUUCGAUUGGCCAGUUUAAAUAACUGAAAGGAAUUACUUUUUUUUAUUUUUCACUAAUAAGCUUUUUGUUGAUCCAUUUAGAAGACCACUGAGACGUGCUUUUGCUAUUUUAUAUAUUCAGUGCCAAAUCCCCCUUUGCUGCCAUUACUACUAUCACUGCAUUUUUUGUAACACAAGCAGUGUUAAAACCAGAUAUUUUUGUCAUUAAUAAAAUGUUGCACUAUUGAAGCUGGCACUUACGGAUCAUUCACUUGUAUUUUACAUUUGUUGUUCGUAUAUUUUCCUAACAGAUAAUUUGAAGACUACAGAAAUUAUGCUUGUUUCAGUAUGCUGUAUUCUCAGCAUUUUGUGUUUAGCCUAUGUGUUUGUACAUAAAAAAAAAAUCAUUUUAAUACUGUUUAGUUUCACUUUGCUUUGACUGAAAAAAAGAUGCAAAUGGCUUGUCUAAAGUUACUGUUCCCAUUUAGUUUCCUUUUUAAAAAAUAGUAUUAAAAACUAAUAUAAAGAGAGAAUAAGAAGGUUAAAAUAACAUUUUAUCUUUUACUAAAGCAUUGGCAGCAUUUAUAUCUGGUGACAACUUUGCCAGCAACUCUCUUAUCUCAGGUUUCCCUUAAACUCUUUAGAAAUACUGCAGCAAUUUUAAAAUUCAGAAAUGAGUAGCAAACCUCAGUGUUUAAUAAACUAUAAUGCUAAUAUGUAUUUCCAAUUAGACAUUUUCAAGUUACAAUAGAGGAUACAAUCAAGGAUAUGUUUGAUUAUGAAUGUAUUCAAAAUCCACCUUAAAAUGUCUGUUAUUUAUGUAUGCAUAACAUGUGACAAUUGUUACUCUAAGAGCAAGGGAAAAAGAAUGUACAAAUGUCAUCAAAGGUUGGUUCAGGGCAUGUUUGCAGAAUGGAUGUAACUGUAACUGAAGGUGUCUUAAUCUUUCAAAAACAGUAAUGGAGGGCCAUCUGAACGUUGUUUGAGCUGUUGUCAACAAUAAUAUAUCUCCAUAUAGGGCAUAUCACUCUUAUUCUGGUAGCAACUCACUGAGAAAUUACAACCAAUUUAAAUCUGUGAUCACACUUCAAUUCACAGCUACAAAGGGAUGCCAAGGAGCACAGAAAAGCACACAAAAGAACACACUUAAAUACGUUCUAAAGCAAUGCUCACCACUUUUUUUUGUGUUAAGAGGUAGGCCAAAUUAGCCUACGCUGAAGUUUAUGCUGCUACAGUAGAAAUACUGUUUAUGGAUAAUAUUCUCAGGUUUAAGUAAAGUCUUCAGCCCCUUUUCUAUCAAGAGUCUCCCAUCUCCUCAUUGCCUUCUUUUACAAUUUAUGUUGGAUUACUUGCUCCUAUGCAUACAGUGCAUACAGAACUAGACUACUAAGUUCUCCAUAAGGACCCAAUUCCCUCCGUGCCUCUGGAGACUUCUGGAUGUUAUGGUGGUGCUAAACCAGUCAAAAAGAACUACUUGGAUCCUCUUCCCGUGAGUUCUUCCUCCAUGACAAAGUUAGAUGGCGAUAAGAUUCAAAAUGAAAGGACUGGUGUGACGUUACUUAAGCUUUCCUCAGAAUUGUGUUUCUGGACAACGUGCUUCUUCAUGUGUGUGUUAAGGCAAAUGAGGGAAGACUGCUGAAUCUAGCCUGCAUUUACAAAUACUGAACAAGACCGAAAAAUAGUGCAAAGAACGUUGCAAUAAUCUCCCAGGAAGAGAAAAAAACUGAAGUGGAUUUUUACCUGGACAAAUUAGAAAAAAGAAUGAUUCAAAACUCUACAGGGAUUGAGAGCAGCAAAGGCAAACUGAAUGUGCAUUUUUAGGAAUAGAUGGCAAUAUGGAUCCUCAGCUGCAGCUUGGAGCAUUGUGCCCCACCUGACAACGUAGACCCUUCUCUUCACCGUC